AUGCUAUUCUCUCAGGGCCCCCGCCGGCGCAAUCGCGAAAAGGCCAUCAUAAUCACCAUAUUCAUAAUUUGCGGCCUUUACUUCUUGUUCUUUGCGAAGGGCUCCAGCGGAGAAAAACAUGCGGCUACAGUUCCCCACGAAAACACUGCGGUGAAAGUGGAAUCGCCGAGUCGCGACAAGCAGCCUGGGCAAGUUACCGCGCCGCAAAAGACGAAAACGAUACAAAAGGAUAUGGUCGUCGCUAGUAUGAAGAGCGAUGAUACGUCAUGGUUGUUUGAGCAUUUCCCGGAAUGGCACAAGAGUAUCUAUGUCGUGGAUGACAAGAGCGCGGAGUUGACAGUGAAGAAGAAUAAGGGCAGGGAGUCUAUGGUGUAUUUGACAUACAUCAUCGACAACUACCACAAACUCCCUGAAACGAUGCUCUUCAUCCACUCCCAGCGAUUCCAAUGGCAUAAUGACGACCCAUACUACGACGGUGUCCCCAUGCUUUCCCGUUUCCAAGUCCCAUACCUCCAGAGACAAGGCUAUGUCAAUCUCCGCUGCACCUGGGCUCUUGGAUGCCCGGUGGAAAUCCAUCCGCACUCCGACACCCAUCGCGAGAACGUCCAUGCUGGUGAAUAUUUCAAGACAGGUUUCAUGGAACUCUUUCCAGGAGCCGAUGUUCCCGAGGAAGUUGGAGUUUCAUGCUGCGCACAGUUUGGAGUCACGCGGGACAAGGUCCUCGAGCGCUCUAAAAAGGACUAUGAGCAUUUCAGGGAAUGGUUGUCUGAGACGUCACUUCCGGAUGAUCUCAGUGGACGGAUCAUGGAGUACUCAUGGCACAUGAUCUUCGGGAAAGAACCCGUCCACUGCCCCAAGGCUGAAGUAUGUUACUGCAAAGUAUUCGGAUUAUGUGAUCUCACUUGUACAAGCGAUGGAUCAUGCGAAAACCGCUAUUCGCUUCCACCAUAUUCGUCAUUACCAAAGGGAUGGCCAUAUGUUGGCUGGAAGGGCCAGGAACAGGAUCCGACCAAAGGGCUUCCUGAGGUCUGA